GUGCUUGAAUUGGGUGCUGGUACUGGAUUACCAAGUAUCCUUGCUGUUCAAUUAGGUGCUUCUCGAGUAGUUUCUAGUGACUAUCCCGAUCCUGCUAUUCUGGCUACUCUCAAUAAAAACCUAGAAACAAACCUUGCUGCAAAUCUAAAGGAUCGAUGGAUAGUCAAAGGUCAUGUAUGGGGUGAAUGGACUCAUCAUCUCAACGCUGCCGCCAUGCAUACUGAUGUUCUUGAUGUUUCUAAACUUGAUCCGUCUGAACCCACUAUCAUGCCGGCUUUUGAUGUGAUCUUGCUGGCUGAUACGUUUUGGAUGCGUCAUCAGCAUGAUAAUCUUUUAAAAGACUUGCAAUCUCUUUUAAAUCCAUCUGGAACCAUCUGGGCCGUAGCGGGUCUACAUUCAGGUCGAGCUGUAAUGGAAGCUUUCUUUUCAAAAGCAGACUCUGAAUACGGAUUCAGAGUUGAA